AUGAUCGCUGGCCUAGGCCUCCCUCCCUCGUACGCGACCUCGAAGGGCAACGAUCUCCUACGAAACAAUGAGCAGCCCCGGAGCGUGAGCGAUCCCCGCAAACGCCGCCGCACUGAGGACGAGACGGAGGACGGAGGGGAGGCAACACGCCCGCAACCAACAAUGGUCGUGCAGAACGCCCCAGACCAGCACUUCGCCAGGACGAUCACCUCCGACUCCGACGAUGACCUAUCCUUGACACCGGGCUACAACUCCGACCGAGAACCCACGGUCGGCGAGAUGGAUGCCUACCACGGGCUGGAUCCCCAGACGAUCAACCCGAUCCACCGCCCGCCUCCUUUCCUGCAUCCCUCGGCCAACGAGAAGGUGGCCUACGACAACACCCCCGCCCAUCCUACCGUCAAAGAAGACGUCUUCUGGGGACCGUACCCGCAGGCUCCCCCAACGAGCCAGAGACAGGCGCGGCACCCCCCUCCCCUGUCGACUGCGAGCUUCGAAGACCCAGAGAUGGACGAUUUCAUACGGAGCAUGAACAUGCCGAGUCUUGACGGCUUCGCCCUCGCACAACCGCCGACCCAUCCCUCGCAGAUGACGGCGCCCGACACAGCAACCCUAGGUGCCGCCCCACUCCGCCAGGCAAACAACGGGUCUCGUCCGCAAGGCCCCCCGGUCAUCCGGACCUACUCUAGGCCCCGCGUACCACAACCUCCUCCCUCGCAAAGCCGAACGGCCCCGCGCACCAUGGACCCACGCAGCACUGGACACGACGCCCCUCUCGGCUACUACCAGCCUAGCGUCCCCCGCCCAGAACCGAUGCACGAUAACAGGGGCCCGGUCGCCCGCCACCCCUACACCACUCCACCGCGUAGACCCGUGUCCCGCUGCCAGGCAACACCAGGCCCGCCGGACCGCGAACAACGACCCAUGUCCCGAGCAUCAGUCCUCUCGUAUGUCGCGAUCCGAGAAGAACACCAACCACGCCGAGGCCACACCGGAGGCGGGGACGACAUGCUGGUCGACGAAGAACCGCGGGCCGGACAAGGCAACCCCUCCGCACCACCAUUCCAAGGCGUCCCCCAGGGCUUCGACGCUUUCGUAAACCUCCAACAAAAUGCGCCUUACCCCGAAAACCAAUUCUUCGUCCACGAAGACACUGGCAUCAACGGCGAAGGCCCCCUGGCUCCUGUUGCAGAAGACGACCACGAAAACCACGACUGGACCCCGGCAACAGUCACGCCGGCACCCGACGGCGACUGGCGAGCGAUCCAGGGCGAGUCCUUCUACUAUAAACAGAAUGGACAAUGCCCCGCGCAACACUCUCGGUGGCUAUCGAGUCGUCGCCAAGGAAUCCUCGCCUCUUUCGCAGGACACGGCGCACGCGACAACGACACGGACAGCUGGGGAAGAAUCACGCGGCUAGAAGACAUGCUCAGGAACGACUACGGAGUCCCGCAGCCCGAGAUAUCCCUCCCCGACAUAGCGCCAGGCGCGGUAACGGGCUUCAACGAAGACCCGAUAUACAUCCUCAUCCAAGGAAUCAACGCCGCCCAACAGACCGCCCUCCUAGCAAAGAAGUGGUACGUCAGAACUGACCUCGCAGUACACUUCUCCAACCUCUCCCUUGCACCAUCUACGUGGAUGGGCGCUUUCGAGAAGAGGACCGCUUUCGGAACAAUGAAAGCCGAACAAAUCCUCCCCUUCUUCCGUGCCGCUUUCAAGCGGGAUCCGCUCCUUCAUAUCACGAACGACACCAUCGAGCAGGAUAAGAAGACGGGCCCUAGAAGCAAGUGGGGCGCGACGCCGACAUCCGUGGCCCUCGAGCAUAUCGUCUCCUCCAUAACAAUCCGUAUCAUGCCCCGCCAAACGACCGGAGGCGUGGAUAACCCUCUUAUACAGCUCUACUGCGAGUCCGCGACGAACCACCCGCGUGACUGGGUUAUCUGGCGUGACGCCGUCCGAAACCAGCCCUACAGCACGGAGAACGGUGCUAAGGCAGCGCUCAUCCUCGCAAAGUUCAAGUGUCUCCUCUGCCACUCCGCGGACCACCCAGUCGGACUAUGCGACCUCCCAUCAGUCCCGGGGUGGAACGGACCCACCGCCGAACAAUGCGCGAACAGGAAACAGAGCGAGUCACACCCAGACAACGACGCGCGAGGGUAUAGAGGUCGAGGAGGCCAUAGGGGAGGCAGGGGUGGCGGGAGAGGACGCGGCAGCGGACGUCCCCCGAAUGUGACCACGGAUGGUGCGUCUUCGUCCAGGACGUACAACGCCCCAAACACAGCACUCCCCCGCGAGGCCGGUGAGGGAUGGCGUCACUAG